AUGGACGCCUACUCGAAGGACUCGCUGCGCGGCGUCGGCGGCGGAGACGACGGCGAGAAGAAGGUGAAGCGCUCGGAGUCGGGUACUGAGGAGGUGGACCUUACCCUCGGGCUGUCGCUCGGGGGGCGGUUAGGGGCGAAGAGGAGAAGACUCGAGGGGCAUGCCGGGUCCUCAUCGGCGGCGCCGGCGCCACCCGCGCCUGUCGGGACAAACUCAUCGCAGGGGACUGGUUUCCCUCCGAAUGGCGUCGCCGUGGAGCCCUCAGCUUUGCUGCGUGCGACCUUGAACCCUUUCCCUGGGAGCGCCGGCGCCGCUGGGGUCCAGCCGUCGGCGACCCCUUUGAUCAGCAGCAUCAAGCAGGAGCCCGUGGAAGGAACUGCUAGGGCUGAUGGGCGGAGCCUGUCAUCAGCUGUUGUGCCCAGGUCUGUGGGUACAAACGGCGUCAUGCCAACCACUUCUUCUUUAGCAUCAGCGGUGAUGAUGGCCGCAAUCCUUGGUACUAGGGGUGCUUCACAGAGAGCCCUGGCGCGGGAGAUGCCACUGGUGUGGACGAGCGGGCUCCACAAUGGCAUGAGGACUGUAGGCUUUCUGUACCAGUACAGCAGAGUUGACGAGCUGAGGAUCAUGUGUGUGUGCCAUGGUAGCUUCCUCACUCCAGCGGAGUUUGUGGAGCAUGCUGGAGGCGCCCGAGUCGCCAACCCGCUGAGGAGCAUCAUUGUCAAGACCCCGUCUUGGCUUUAG